AUGGCGAUUGGGACUGAAGAAGACAACACUACAGCUCGCACUUCAACUGCCGCCUCUGGUUCGUCAUUUCCUUCUAUCGAUCAUAAUCACCCAUUGUACCUACAACCAACUGACACGCCAGGUAGUUCUCUAGUCUCUAUUCAAUUGAUUGGAUCUGAUAACUAUGCCUUGUGGAGUCGUGCUAUGAGGAUUGGUUUGUUAGGUAAAAGCAAGUUAGGUUUUGUUAAUGGAAGGUUUCCUAAGUCUAAAUUCGAACCAGAACUUCAUGAUUUGUGGGAAAAGGUUAAUACUGUUGUGUUGUCAUGGAUAAUGAAUGCUGUAAGACCUGGUUUGUUGAGUAGUGUGCUUUAUGCAUCUAGUGCUCAUAAGGUGUGGGAAGAUCUAAAAGAAAGGUUUGACAAAGUAAAUGGUUCUAGAGUACUGUUUCUUCACAGAGAAAUGCAUAAUUUGACUCAAGGAACUAUGACUGUAGCAGAUUAUUUCUCAAAGUUGAGAGAUCUGUGGGAAGAGUUUGAUGCUCUAAUGCCUUGCCCGGGAUGUCCAUGUCCUGAGUCAAAGCUAUAUGCUCAACACUUUGAAGCCCAAAGACUGUUGCAGUUUUUCACUGGUUUGAAUGACUCUUAUGCACAAUCCAGGAGUCAAAUUAUGAUGAUGACUCCAGUGCCCACUAUCAACAAGGCUUAUUCACUUCUUGUUGAUCAGGAUAGUCAAAGAAAUCUAGCAAGCAUGGCCCAGGUUACACAGCUUGCAGAAGGCUUAGAGGGCACUGCUCUAUAUGGAAACAAGAGUCCAAAUGUUACCAAUAGAGGUUAUAUACAAAGAAAGAAUAAUGUACAGUGUGACUACUGUCAUUAUAAAGGACACACCAAAGAAAAUUGCUUCAAACUAAUAGGCUAUCCACCUGAAUUUAAGUCUAAAAGGAAAGGGAAUGCACCUGGACUUUAUGCUAACUUUGCAGGAAAUUCAAGCUUUGCAGCAGAUGAAGAUCAUAUUAGCUGCGAAAAACAACUGAACACUGGACCUUAUUAUCAAAAGGGAGUUACUCCACAUAAUUCUACAACACCACAAAUGACACAGACACAACCAUUUUUCACUCAAGAGCAGUACCAGCAGAUUGUCCAAAUGCUGUCCAAAGGAAGUACAGAAGGCUCUGGCUCAUCUAGCAAAGUAGCUGCUGCAGGUAUUCUAACUCAUGUGAAUGCUUUUGUGUCUCAGUGUAUCAAUAGUGAUUGGAUAAUUGAUACUGGAGCCUCAAAUCACAUGACAUCUAGACUUGAGCUACUGCAAACACAUACAUUACUCCCUACAACAGAGAAAAAUAUAGUUCAUCUCCCUAAUGGUAAUGCAGUGCAAAUCUCACACACAGGAAGUACAUUUGUGUUGAAUAAUCAGAAGAUCUCUAAUGUUCUCUACAUUCCAGAUUUUAAGUUCAACUUACUCUCAGUUUCACAACUCACCAAGGAACUAAUGUGUAUGGUAGGCUUCUUUCCUGAUUUCUGUAUUUUUCAGGAUCUUUACAGUGUUCAGGUGAAGGGGAUUGGUAGAGAGGAACAUGGACUUUAUGUGCUUAAAGGAGGUGUCUCAGAACAGUUUUUAGCUCAAAUGACAACUAAAAGUGCAUCUGCAGUUACUGCUCAUGCUACUGCCCCUUCUCUUGCAGGCUCAAGUUGCUUAUGGCACAGGAGAUUAGGACAUGCUCCUCUAGAUGUAAUAAGAAGAGUAGACAAGUUAAAUAAGUUGACUACCAAUGACAGUCAACAUUGUACUGUAUUCCCAUUAGCCAAACAAAGUAAACUUCCUUUUCAGCUUAGUAGUACUGCAACUAAAUCUAUGUUUGAAUUGGUGCAUUGUGACAUUUGGGGACCAUACAGAUGUCCUACUCAUGAUGGAAAAAGAUUCUUUGUUACUAUAGUAGAUGACUACAGUAGAUAUACUUGGAUAUCUCUCUUAACCUCUAAGUCUGAAGCAUAUGUUGUUCUAAAGAACUUUCUUGCUCAAGUUCAAAAUGCAUUUCUAUCACAGUUAAAGUCUUGA